GCAGGUACAGCAGGGAGUGUGUUAGGGGUGUUUGUAAGAUCAUGGGAGUCACCUGUUAAGUCGGUAUUUCUUCCUCGCAUCAAUGGAUCUUCAAUUCCAUCUCUGAACAUGGCACUCUUGGCUCUCCUGUUGGUCUUCCAUUUGGCAUCUGCUGGUUACUAUGAAACUACCCCUCUAGUGUGCCCUGUCUCUCCUUUAGUGACUUACGUUACGGAAACUCUCAGCGCUCUUAAGAUAGCUACUACCACUCAGAAUAUACCUGCUCCUAAUAUCAAGGUGGAGACUGUCACGACGACCCAGUAUUUCCCAGCCACUCGUAACGAGUUCAUCACCGUGGAAGGCCCUGCGGAGUCAGUCUACGUGACCAGUGUCGAGUUCGUCUACACUACGACGACUAACAUAGUGUACGUCAUGGACAGAUUCGAUGGCAUCUUCACCAAUACAGAGUUCGAUGCUUAUACGGAGUACGUAGAAAGCACGUCAACUGUCACGGACGUGUCGGUGGUCGAGAAAACUAAAACGGAGAGCGUCCUUCUAUACCACACCUCCGUGACGGAAACUACCACCUGGUCCCCUACGGUGACCACCUGGACUCUGUAUUCUACGAAGACCCACAACAAGACCACCUACAACACUGUCACGGUCUACGAGACUUCGACCAUUACAGAAAGUACCUACGUCUCCCACUACAACACCUUCACUACCACUGAAACUCUG